UGGUGGUGGUGGUGGUGGUGAAGAAUGGUGAGGACAAUGGAUAGUGGUGAAGGUGGUGGUGAGGGCUUUGGUGUUGUGAAGGUGAGCCUCUAAGUAACGCUGGUGGUGAUGCGAUGGAUGAACAGGUGACGAGGAAUGAGGAAAGGGAUGAGGGAGGGUGAGGGAAAGAGCGUGACAUGUGUCGGGUGAAGAAUGAGAGAAUGAGGGAAAGAGGAUUGGAAGGAGGGACGUGACAACAUGUGACGGGUGAAGAACGAGGGAGUGAAGGAGGGGAGCGGGCGAGAGCAAAAGAGCGUGACGUGAUGGAGAGAGAGUGGGCGGCCUGGACGAGUCACUUCUGAGGGGCGGGAGGCGGGCAGGCCAUCGCCGCGGGGCCCCACAUGAGUCAUAAGCAAGGCGAGGGGGUGGCGGGGAAGUGUAUCGUGGCAAAAGGGGGGUGACGCAGGGGGGCGGGGAGGGGGGAGCGCGGCACGAGGGGAAGCAAGCCGCGGCCUCAGUAGUCUGCGACAACAAGCUGGCUAGGGCGAGCACCCGCCGCUCUCGCUCUGACCCUGCCCUGUCCCUCUGCCGCCCCCCGCACCUGCCCCGUGCCACUGUGGGCGUCGUGGGUCCCCGCACCGCCCCUCCUGACUCGCGCCCGGUUCCUCCAGUGUUCUCGCCACCCUGAUCCUCUUCCUCUCCCUCUCUCCUCACUUCCCAUCCUUGUCUUCCUCCCCGCCGUCAGUUAUAAGCACCACCUUCACCUCCAUCAACCACCACCAUUACCACUCACAUCGUAUUUCACCACCGACGCUUAUUCACCCACCCACCAACACACACACACACACACACACACACACACACACACACACACACAUAAAGAUCCCCCACAAACACACAUACUCACCCUCCUCGCCUUCCCUCAACUGGUCUAGAACGAAGAGACCCGAAAACUGAAUCGUGCAAGUUUUCUGCGGGCGUGACACAGCAAGCGCAUCACCCAAUCAAGUUUUCGAGCUUCAUUCCCAAGACGUGAGUGGGGAAGUUGCGUCCAGCGAGAACCAUUACCUUCGAAAGCCCCAAGAGUGCGCAAUUGCUAUUCUUACGAAGGGGGGAACCAAAGACAGGAAUAGGAAGGGAUAGAGGAUGAGAUACCGUUAAGAUACGUACUGACUGUUUGGGUGUUUGUGAGAAGUGUGUGUGUAGUGUGUGAUUUUGUAUGAGAGUGUGUUUAGUGUAGUGUGUGGGUGUUCUUCUUGUAUGGUAGUCUGUUUUGUGGGAAGUGUGUGUUGUUUUGUAUAUUAAAGUGCCCUGUGCAGUGUGUGGGUGUGAUCUUAGAGUGUUAGAGUGUGUUGCGUGAGUGUAUAAGAACGAUAGUAACACAAUAAUACAGUAAGACUAGUAUAUUCCACUUACGUGUGUGUUUGUGUGGGUGGGUGGGUGGGUGGUGUUAAGUGACAAGGAGACCGUAAUGUUGAUCUAGAAACGUCAGCUUUCAUUAGCUAUUACAGCGCAGCGCAUCACUCAAUCCAUCUACUGGUUCCCACGCCCUCCAGAGCGGCGCGUGGAACACUGUACGAGCGCCGAACACCAUUUACCGCCAGAAAAUUUCGACAAAAGCAUCUGGAACCACACCAGUAUUACUCACACCACAUCACCACCACCACCACUACCACAGAACCUCACCAUCACCAGCAUCACCACCAUUCACCACCAUCACCACACGAUUAGACUAACUCCCCUCACCCGCCAGUCCACCACAACCCAACCAUCACUUCCUUCUACCACACCGUCGCCUCCUCCCACCACCCUACCCUUCCCGCACCCUCCUCUUCCUCCUCCACCUCCACCACCACCACCACCGCUACUAUGAACACCCCAACAGCCUUCCCGGUCAAUGAGAGGACCUACAUACUUGAAAACACGGGCCCGCCAACACUGCAGCCACCACUCCAGCAGCCCCCACAGCUCGCCACCCCGGACGCGCCCCCGAAGAUCCCCCCGGGACUGGCUGGCUAUGAGGGGGAUGACGACCCGAAGAAGGAGAAGAGCUCCAUCUCCUUCACCUCCUUCAACUACAUCAACUCCAUCGUGGGCAGUGGCGUCAUAGGCAUGCCCUACGCUAUCCACCAGUCAGGCGUGGCAAUGGGCCUGAUUAUCCUGUUGGUGGUGGCUGUGGUGACUGAUGCCGCCCUCUGCCUCAUGAUCGCCGCCGCCCGCACAGCACAGGUCACCACGUACCAGGAGCUCGUGCGGGCGUCCUUCGGCAGACCUGGCUUCGUGCUCGCCACCGGCCUGCAGUUCCUCUACCCCUUCAUCUCCCUGAUCAGCUACAAUGUCAUCGUCGGGGACACGCUGCGCAUCGUCCUCAUCCGCCUCACGGGCCUGUCCAGCGAGUCUGUCCUGGCGCAGCGCACCUUCAUUAUGGCCACUUCCACCCUCCUCAUCACCCUGCCCCUCUCCCUGUACAGGAACAUCACACACCUGUGCAAGGUCUCACUCGCCUCCGUGGUGAUGAUCGCCGCUAUUGCCUUGGCCAUGGUCAUCCGGUUCAGCACCAUGUUUAAUCUUGUGCCCGCCUCGGAUGACGCCUGGGACCUGGCCAAGGACACCUUCCCCACCACCAUCGGCAUCAUGAGCUUCGCCUUCAUGUGUCACCACUCCAGCUUCCUCGUGUUUGAGUCCCUCGCUGACAACACACAGGAGCGAUGGAACAAGGUGACGCACAUCUCCAUCGCUGCCGCGGCCGUCCUCAGCCUCGUCUAUGCCAUGGCGGGCUACCUCACCUUCACCGGAUACGUGCAAGGCGACAUGUUUGAGAAUUACUGCUGGAAUGACGACCUGAUGAACCUGUGCCGCGGGGUAUACGCCUUCACCAUCCUGCUGACCUACCCUAUCGAGUGUUUCGUGGCUCGCGACGUGCUCGAGACUGCCUUCUUCCGCGACUACCAGCCCCAACCCUUCUUCAGACACGCCGUCCUCUCCGUCAUCAUCGCCAUCCUGUGCAUGCUGCUUUCCUUCACCACAGACUGCCUCGGCAUCAUCCUGGAGCUGAACGGUAUCAUCUGCGCCAUACCGCUGGCGUUCAUCCUGCCCUCCCUGUGCUACGUCCGGGUGGAGGAGGGACCGCUGUUCGCCGGCACCAAGAAGUGGGCGUGGGCCGUGGCGGUGUUCGGCAUUGUGUGUUUCAUUGCGGGCACUGUGUCGCUCAUCACCAACUUCGAGCAGUUGUCCCAGUGUUCCCACGGCGAGGAGAUGCCCUACUGCCAUCCCUCUGUCAAUGCUACGCUGUGAGCCGCCCCGCCCCUCCACCGCGCCCCCCGAUGACCCGCCGCUACUCCGCAGCCAUCAUAACACGUUCAGGAGCCUGUCAGUCUUGCCUUGGUGAAGGUUUUGUACGAGGGAAGCGUGGCGGACGAGAGGAGUUUGGAUGUAAACACGUUUGUUGUUGUCGUCUGGUGGUAUUAGAGGGCUGUGUUCUCAAACGCUUGGGUGUCUUGUCUUGACCACUUUUAAGAGGCUCUACUGAAGCUAUUGGGAUUUUCCAGUUGUCAUGAUUUUAGUGAUAGUUCAACAAGCAUUCUGUAUCAUUAGUAAGACAAAAAAUAUAUUGUGGAAGCCUUGUGUUCUUUGAAAAUGGUCGUAACGGGAGGAAGAGAACAAAGCGUUUCGGAACACGAGCCCAGGUGUGUUGGUGUUGCUGGACACGUGACCCGUAGGUGUGAGUCCCUAAACAAGAAUGCUGCUUCGCUAUAUCUAUACCUACACCACCUCUUUCAUAACCUAAGAGUUCUAGGUGAAGUGUUCAAUAGGUUAAAACGUAAUAUAUAAAACAAUGCCCUGUUACUGCCGCUCCGUUUGUAAAAGAGUAACUGCGAUUUUUAAGUUUUUGUGGAGGACGAUGUGCAAGUCUUUAAUUAAAGUGUCGUGGGUCUGCGAGACGGAACAGUAACCUUACAUCAUCUGGGAGCGUCUGGGUGUGUCUGGGUGAAGGCUGUGUCUAGUUAUAACAAAACUCCUGCACACGUAGCAUAGGCAGCUUUCACCCAAAAUUAUAGUGACGUCUAGUUGCUUUUAUAUAGCAUCCGUUGGCGAGUGAGCGAACUUUACAUAUGAGAACUUGUCGCGGCUCUCAUGCACGACCAGAAGGGAGGGAAUGACAUCACCUGCUUCAUAGGAACCCCUUCUGCCCCUCCUACAAGAUACCAGAGCUGCUAAUAUCUAGCGACAAAGGGAGUGAGGCGUAGGAUGCAUGGCUGAGAGGGGAAGGAAUGAUACUGCCAGCUCUUUAGGGACUUCAGCCUCUCCUACAGGAUAUUCUUCUCUUACAGGAUACCAAAGCUGCCCGUAGGAUCCAUCUAGCGAUAAAGGGAGGCUAAGGGAGUGAGGCGUAGGAUGCUUAGCUGAGAGGGGAAGGAAUGACAAUGUCUACUCUAUAGGGAGUCCUUCAGCCCCUCCUACAGGAUACCAGAGCUGCUGUAGGAUUCAUCUAGCGACAAAGGGAGUGAGGCGCGGGAUGUGUAGGUGUGACGUGGUCUUCCUAAAGCAACAUACGUUUACAUACUUACUUAUCAUUGUCUGUGAGUCAUGCAUACAAUAGCACUCGUUUUAUGAUGUCUCGUACAAGUAAAUAUACAGUUUUUUCGCUUCUACUUUACCAGUGAUCUAUCGUGAAUACGUACGUACUAACUCAUAUAGUAAGCUGGUCCCCCUCCUUGUCCCUCAAGUCCUUCCCUACCCGUCCUAUAUGAAGGCAGUCACACACACACACACACACACACACACCUGAUUUAACGCACGCCCAUAAAAUCCCAAUCACACACACACACACACACACACACACACACACACCUGAUUUAACGCACGCCCAUAAAAUCCCAAUCAGUUUCUCCAAAUGCACCAAAAAUUAGAAAGCUAGUACAUACGACUACAUACAAUUUAUACAUCGCGCUACUUAGUUAAGGAGAAACUGUCGACCCAUUAAUUAUUCCUGACAGCUUGUAAGUCACAAAAUCACCUGAGGAUGAUGAUGACAAUGAUGAUGAUGAUGAUGAUGAUGAUGAUACUGUACACUAAACCAAAGGAGAAAAAAAAAGUAAAAAAAAAGGACCACAUAAACAACUUAUAUCAGUGUAGUUAACAUAGACAAAAUUAAGUAAACAAUUAUUUAAAUUUCUUCCCAGCACACCACGACAAGACAGAACAAAACUUCAUACAAAACCUUUCAUUAAACACCUCCACAUCUACACAGCCUCUGGUACACAUUCCUUUACAACCCACUCGGUAUAGACAACUUCAAAGAUUAAUAAACACACUCACUUUUAGUCAGAAUAGAGUAAGUAAAUAUAACCAAGUCGAUGAAUCAAACAUUUACAGCAGUCUGAUUAUAAAAUACAUAAAUAAAUAAAUAGAUAGAUAAAUAAAGCUUAUUAAAUUCCUCUCGAUAUACAUAAUAAAAUAAAAGUGAUACCGCUGUAAUGAAUUAAUGAAAGUCCACAAAACAAGACCCUUAGUCAACACACUUAAACCCAAAUACACUGAACACAACUCGCUUUAAACAAAACCUUGCUUUAAACAGCCCUAACCCCUGACCCUGCACUGCAACACACGCACACCCACCGACAGACUACCUACUGAUGACCUUAUUCUUGAUGCCAAAUUUUGCGGCAUUUCCCAGAACUCUAAUCAUGUAGGCUUGAGUCAUAUAAUGGUGUAAACUGGCUAGCUUUCAAAAUUACGACACUGAAAUUGCAAAGAAAAGAAAAAAGUACAUUCUCUUCGGAAUCUUUCAAAGUGAAAUUCCCACAGACCGCAGAACAAUUUUAAACUUUAAUUAUAUAAGAGUGACGCGUGUAAACAUAACUGGCUUUCAAAGUUAUGGCGGUGAAAACAAAAAGGCUCUUCGGAUUCUUCCAAUACGAUUUGCACAGACCAAAAUACAACUCCCUCCAUUAAUUAAUUUUCCAUUUACACUGAUAUACAGAACAUAGAGCCAAUGGGAGGUUAGUUUCGUGUUCUCCCGGCUACAGAACUAUUCAAGAGACUGUAGUACAAAAAUGAGUGUCUAAAAUGUUGUCAUUAUGAAGAGAAAAACUGUAGCAGUGAAAGGGUUAAAAAAAAUGUUUGUAGCAGUGAAAGGGUUAAAAAAAUGUUGUCAUUAUGAAGAGAAAAAGUGUAGCAGUGAAAGGGUUAAACGACACUGCCUGCAUACACACACUCUGAAAUAGAUAUCACGCCUGAAACAUUCUCCUAUUCCUACUCUACCAAUAUUAUAAUUAACACACACAAAACACACCUCGUACUAGCUAGAAUUCAAUAAUAACCUAUCUAUUCACCGACAACCAAAACACAAAAUUCCUCCAACAAACAUCCCUUUAACGAAACAAUCUCCACCUGCUCCUACACCACCACCACCACCACUACCACCACCACCACCACCACCAAUGCACCAGAUAAUAUAAAACUUUCAGUACAUAACACUGUCCACAUACAUAUUCCCUGCAACAGACGUCUUUUUAACGGGAACAAUCUGUAUCUAUAUCUCGUUUACUAGCAACCUCUUCGCGCCUUGUAACUAACUUUGAUCACGUAACACUCUAUAGAUAUCUUUUUUUUUAAGGAACUCUAUCUAUUCCUCCUUCACCAGCAUCCCUAACACAUGAUAUCUAUUUAAUCAUGAUAACGAAAUUCUUGUGGAAGUGAGCUAUCAAUACCUGUCACUUGCUUGCACCUCUUUGUAUCCCCUGCCUCACAUCCCUGCUUCUUCCCAACUAGCCCUCCCAGAUCUCCUCCUUAUCCCUCCCUGCUUCUCCUUCCUAACCAUCCCUCCCAGAUCAUCUCAUUCCUCCGUACUUCUCCUUUCUAACCAUACCUCCCAGAUCUCCUCCUUAUCCCUCCCUGCUUCUCAUUCUUAACCAUCCCUCUCAGAUCUCCUCUCUUAAGCAUCUAUCCGUGUCUCAUUCCUCGCCAGCCAUCCAUCCAUGUCUCAGCUCCUUCCAGCCAUCCUUCCCAGACGUCCCCUUCUUCUAACUAUCCCUCCACGUCUCGCCUUUGUAAUCAGAGGGUAUAAUCUAACGUAACAUAGAUAACCUAAACUAACUUCUCGUGUCCUCUCCCCUCUACAUCUCCCUUUCUCAGAAAAUACAGAAACUCGUCUCGCCGGACCUCCAUUUAUUUAUUUUUUCCUCUCUCUCUCCCUCUCUCUAUCUUUCUCUCCCGCAUGAAAUUAUAUUUUUACUGCACCUGAUUUACAGAGUUAUUACGAGUCUGUUGCUUUGGGAUUCAAUAACCAUGCUGCUGUUGUCUUUCUCCUCUUAUUGCCUCCCGUGAAAAUCCAUCUUAUUUUAUUUUUCAUUAGUUUUGUUCCGAUUUCCGAAGUUGUUACAAUAUGAUGUUCUUGAAUUUUAAUAGUAAUCUAACCUAAUCCAUCUAUGUUCUCUUCUCCCUUCCUCUCUUACUGCCAAUUUCUUUCCACUGUCUUCAACCUUCAUCGUUAUACACUUUCUUUUUCUUCUAACUAUUCCCAUUUUUCUUUCCACUUUCUCUCUCUCUCUCUCUCUCUCUCUCUCUCUCUCUCUCUCUCUCUGAACUUAAUUUGUUUUAUGCAACUUGUUUAUCACGUGUGCUGGUGGCAAUCCUUCCCUCCCCCAUCACCACCCAACACACACACACACACACACACACACACACGCACACACACACACUGCAUACUACAAACUUCAAAGAUAACAAACUGAUAACAAUGGACAGCACCUUCACACUUCACACAUCCAACCAGCAAAAAAAAAAUAUAUAUAUAUAACAUUAAAAAUACCAAAAAAAACAACAACAACAACAAAAAAAAACGAAUGAAUAAACUAAAACCAUGAAACAAAAUAUAAACACAACAAAACCUUAAAUAAUCUCACCAAAUAUUUCUCCUCCCCCCCCAAAAAAAAUAUUAAGUGUUCUUCACAGUAUUAGAUUUAACUCAUGUGGAUUAAAAAAUAAUAAUAAUAAUAAUGAUAAAAAUGGUAAUAAAGAGACGAACUAAAUACAUACAUGAUAAGACUGUUUGCCACGUUCUCUUCAAAGUUUUCUAUAUUUCUAUUCCUUAUUGUUGGUCUUCGCCAAAUAUAUAUUGUCUACACAU